AUGCUUGACUACCAGCCACUAGGGAAACGGGAAUCAAGCUCCAGUUUCCUUGCGGACCAUCCCGUCCCCGUCCCGACCGAUAAUUUCCCCGGUCUACCGACGCGGCUUCGGUACGGAGGCACUACCUAUAUUGGACUAUACUCCCCGGCAGGCUCGCAGAGUGCUUUUUAUCAUAUCUGGGCAUCAUCGUUGAGGUAUCCUUUCCUCGGAAGUGGAGGGGUAUCCAUCGGUCGCUCCAGUUUGAUUGAACGACCAUAUCGCGUUUUCGAUGCAUGCUAUGAACUACGAGACUUUCUCAUCGCCUCAUGCUUUUCACUUUCCGUCAGCACCGUGUUAUCAACUACUGCCCUCAACAGCUCGUCGGGGAGUGUUUCAUGCCUCCGAGGCAAGUGCUAUAGUGAGAGAUGCGAUGCUGCCCCAUUCGCGUUUCGAAGAAUUUACUCCACUUCGGCAAAGAGAUUCCUCUCGAUAGUGGUUUCCGCCGACCAGUUUUGUGCGGGCAACGUUGCAACCUUCCCCGGACAACCUGCCCUUGGCAUACACCUUGUCCAGCUUCCUAUCAGGUUCGACUCCCGCAAGCCUAGCGGGGAAGCGGGCAGGUCGCUGCAGGCGUAUCGCGGGAAACAUUGA